UUAGUUCGUUUGUCCUCCUCGACGUGCCGUAGCUGCUUGUUGCUGCCAUAGUGACGGUCGCGGACAGACGCUUCCUAAGUUUUUAUAGCAGAAAUAACGGGAGACUAAGGAAGGUCUACACUUACUCGGACAAAGAUAUAUUUGGAAAAGGAGGAAAGGCAGUCAUGUCUUUCAGAGAUCUGAGAAAUUUUACAGAAAUGAUGCGAGCACUGGGAUACCCUCGACUCAUCUCCAUGGAGAACUUCAGAGUUCCAAACUUUCCUUUAGUGGCAGAGAUUCUCAUCUGGCUUGUCAAGAGGUAUGAGCCACAGAUGGACAUCCCCAGUGAUGUGGACACAGAGUCUGAUAGAGUGUUCUUUAUCAAAGCUGUUGCCCAGUUCAUGGCGACAAAGGCACACAUUAAACUGAACCUCAAGCGCUUAUAUCAGGCGGACGGUUAUGCAGUGAAAGAGAUGCUGAAGAUCACCAGCGUCCUCUACAAUGCCAUGAAGACCAAAGAGAGCUCCGCUGGAGACCACAACCUUGAUGAAAAUAGCAGCAAGUUCAAAUUUGACUUGGGAUCAAAGAUAGCAGAUCUAAAGGCUGCACGUCAGCUUGGCUCUGAGAUUACGGCGAAGGGGGCCUCUCUGUAUGAUCUUCUGGGGCAUGAAGAGAACCUGAGAGAAGGAAGAACAGCAGCCAUCGCACGACCGCUAGAGAUAGUGGAGACAGAGAGAGCUCUUAGAGCAGCUAUUAAAGACGCGAUGGAGAAUGUCCAGAAGACUAAGGAGCAGUUGAACAAUGUAUCGUCUGAUGAGGUGAGCCUAGAGGCCAAAAUUGAGAAGAAAAAACAAGAGCUGGAGAGAAAUCAAAAGCGCUUACAAACACUACAGAGCGUACGUCCUGCGUUCAUGGAGGAAUAUGAGAAAAUCGAGGAGGAGUUGCAGAAGCAAUAUGAAACAUACGUGCAGAAGUUCCGCAAUCUCUGCUUCCUGGAGCAGCAGCUGGAGGACUACCACAGAGUGGAGCAGGAACGCUUUGAGGAAACUGAAAAUUCCAUAAGAAUGAUGCAGAAUAAGCUACAAGAGGAAGACAGGAGACUCAUGAGGAGUGGAGUGCAAGAGGAAGAUUCUGACAUGGAUAUCCCAGAAGAUGAGGGCUCAGACAGUGAUAUAGAGGAAGGAAGACCACCCAAACCAUUCCCCACACGCCAUACUCAGAUAACAGGUCGAGCUGGUGGGCGACUCAUUGGCAACAUGCAGGGAGGAGACAGUGAUGAGCCCAGAGUAAAGGACACACUCCGUCCGCCCGGCGCUGGCCGGAAGCGGAAAAAAGGAAAGUCGGAGGACAGCGAGAUCGAUGUUGAUGAGGACGAUGAAGAUGAUGAAGAGGAAGACGAGGCAAACGAGGACCUUGAUGAAGAUAAUGACAGUCUAGAAGGCUCUGCCUCCAACCCCAGCCUCCCGGGCCGAUCACUGCACCCUCAGAUACUGGAGGAGAGUGACAAUGACUUCUAACACGCAACAGUGCGACUUCAUACACGUUAUUAACACACAAACAUGCACAUACCAUUUGCCAGAAAUAUGUACUGAACUUUGUAGAUUCUGUAACAUUCCUGUACUGUUUUUGUGUAUACAAACUUUAUGCCUUUAAGUGAAUGUAAAUAUAUAUUAGAAUGAUCAAUAAAUGUAAUAAAAUCUGCAAUGAAA